GGUCGCUCGGAAGUUGCCAUAGCAACCUCUAGACGAUCACGGCAAAUGGGUUAUCGUAGCGCUUGAGUUCAACUACCUACCAAUUUAGCGUACUGCCGGAUAAUACGUUCGUGUAUUUUGAUUAUAGGAGUCGUAAAAGCUCGACGAGGCAUCUUUGGGAAACAUGACGUCACUUCAACCUACGAUAGACUCUGAUGAAGAGACUGAGAGGGGAAAAGGAAUAAAUAACAUUUUUGUCACCCAAUCAGCAGACACCAGGGAGGUUACAGAAGAGGAUGGCAAUUGUCCUGUUGCAUCAGAGACAUCAAGAGCUGUUCUACAAGCAGGAGUGACCACUUUAAAAAAGAACAUGGUCAUAAGAAAAAAGGCAGAGCUGGAUGAAAUGGACGUGCAACUUGCACUUAAACGGCACGAGUUUAAACGUUGCAUGGGGGCGUUGGCUACCAGGAGAUCCGAGCUGGAAACAAAACAGCAACAGACACAAGAGAGGAUGGAGAAAUUUGAAAAGUUUGUUGGUGAAAAUGAAGUCAAGCGCUGCAAAGCUCUACAGAAGUGUGAAGCUACACGUGAGCAGAACUUUUUAAAACAAAGAGAGAUUGAAGAUUUGGCAGAACAACUUAAACAGCUAAGAACCAGGAAGCAAGUUUUAAAAGAGAAAAUGCAAAAGUACAAAAUCUAUGAGGACUAUUUAAUGAAAACUCUGAAUUUUCUUCCUAGAGUCCACCAUGAUGAUGGGUAUGAAUCCCUGGUCAUGCCCAUUAUACGGCGCCACAAGACUCUGUCCAUCACCCACCAAGAGCUUCAACAACGUUUGAGCCAAAUGGACACAGAAGCAGAGGAAAAAAAGCAAAAGCUGCAGCAGAUGAAAGAGGAGCACAGGACUCAAAAAUUGAUGGCCAACAAGGAACUGUCUGAACUGCAGAGUGAGUUAGUGACUCUUGAAGAGAAGAAUAAGCAGACAGAGGCUAACUUGAUGAUUAAGGAAGGAGUUGUCAAAGAGAAAGUUGAAGAGGGUGCAAGGUUGCUUAUGGCCAUCGACAACCUGGCACAGCAGUGUUACCUUCCAACAUAUGGACUGCUAGAAAGCAUGAAUGUAUUGUUCAAGAUGGACAUGAUAAAGGAGUACAUUCUGGACAAGGCAGACACAGAGAGGCGAGUGAAGAAGUUAAGGGACUCAGGCACGACGCUGAGGAGUGGAGCAUCUACAGCAGACAAGGGAUCAUUUAGAAGUAUUGAGAAUAAAUCUAAAAUGAAAAAUGCAAGUACAGUCAGUCAAAAAAGCGCUGCAUAAAUGAUGCUAUCUCAGGGCAGGCUUAGUUUUUAAACAUUAUUUUUAUAUGCAUUUCCUGCUAAUGUAUUUACUGUGACAAAUACACAGCAUUUAAAAAAUUAUUGCAUCCUUUACACAUGAAAUAAAAAUAUGUAAUUUCUCAUAAUAUAUUUAAACUUUUAACAUCAAGACACUAAAAAAGUUGGUCAACUGUGUUUUUGUUUUUAACCCAACACAAAUUUUAAUGUAAGAGAAAGUGGCCUAAUAUGAAUCCUAAAUGGCUGGUGCUAUGUGACUGAGAGUUAACCCAUAAAGUCUAAUGUAAAGGCAGAUUCACAUUUGUGAGGGAGGUUUUAUUUUGUUUUGUAAGCACAGUAAAUGUUGGACAACGGAAACAAAUGGAUAUUGCUGUUAAAAAACACAUUUCAGUGUAAUUUUUUUUUCCGUUUGUACCAUCUCUCCUCAUCUACUGCUGUCUUUGUGUUACACAUCCCUCAAAUUACUGUAUAUUCUUUUAAAGUUUGGCUGCUUAAUGCAUCGGAAGCAUGGGGUAACAGUAAAUACAAAGUAUUAUUUAGGCAUUUUCCAAUAUUUGUUUUACAGAUAAAAUUCAUUUAUGUUAAUGUAAUUAUUAUGGUUUGAGAAUAUUUUGCAUGGACAAUAAAUUUAAAGACCCA